AAGUGGUACAAGAGGCAAAGUUUGAAGAAAACAUGUUCAAGUGAAGUAUAGUGAGAUUCACAUUACCGAUUUGGAUGUCAGAGUAAGGGUGAGCAAUGAAUACCACGACUCCCAAGACUUGUAUGUAACAGCAAGGUUUACCAGUACGGAUACCCAAAAGAAACAAUGCACCAGUUACCACUCCAUUUCGGGAAUGUAUUAUGGGAGCUGUCAAGCCAUCCCUGUUGUCCAAUUUUGAGAAGUAAAUACAGCCUUGGGACAAUACCAUUUUACAACUUCUCACUAUGGAUACUGCUAGGAUUUCUGACGUUUCCAUGUUGUGUCCAGUGUUUAAUUUUCAAAGUGGGAGUUCUUGGGCCUUGGAAUUGUGACCCAGUACACUCCAAAUCGCUGCCCGCGGUUGCAGCCAAAUUGGCCGUGGGCAGGAUAAAUGACGAUUUUAGCUUGGAUCUGGGAUGUAAAAUGGAUUUUAUGGUUCUUCAAGAGCCCUGCGAAACGUCAAAAGCACUGACAACAUUUGUGAACUACGAGCAACUCGUCGACGCUUUCGUGGGACCUGCCAAUCCUGGUUACUGCAACGCUGCUUCACUUUUGGCUAAGAACUGGAACAAGGCCAUUUUCUCCUGGGCUUGCAUUAAUUAUGAAUUGGACAGGAUCCAAGGGUAUCCAACAUUUGCAAGGACUUUACCGUCUCCAACGCGAGUGCUUUUUACAGUGCUAAAGUAUUUCAGGUGGGCCAAUAUUGGCAUAGUGUCCUCCGAUGAGGAUAUAUGGAUAGACACGGCUGGUAAGGUGGCUAAUUCUCUGAGGAGUCAGGGGCUCCCCGUUGGCAUAGUGGCGUCCGUGGGGAGCAAUGAAACCGAGCUGGAAAACACUCUACGGGAUAUUCAGAAGGCAGGGGAAAUAAAAGUCAUCAUAAUGUGCAUGCAUUCGGUCCUGCUGGGUGGGGCGAAGCAGAGAGCUUUCCUGCUGAAGGCCCAUGACAUGGGGUUUACCCGCGGGAAGUAUGUCUUUGUGCCUUAUGACGCCCUCCUCUACAGCCUGCCCUAUACCAACAUCUCCUACGUCACUUUGCAAAAUGACACCAGGCUUCAACAGGCCUAUGAUGCUGUGCUGACCAUAACUGUCGCCUCAGACCUGAUGUCCUUCAGUGAGGCGUUCAACAUGGCGAAGAGAUCUGGCGAGCUCACUAUCUCCCAUGAGCCAGAGCAGGUAUCACCUCUAUUUGGAACGAUCUACAACGGUCUGUACCUUAUUGCCAAAGCCAUACACAACUCCAGGAGGGCGGGCCAGUGGCUCAGUGGCUCCAACCUGGCGUACUUCACACGCAACAUGACUUUCCAAGGCUUCAACCAGAACAUACGAAUAGACAGCCAAGGAGAGAGCCAGACCAACUAUGUGAUUUUAGACACUGAUGGCUGGGGGAGUAAGUUGUACAGGUGCUACCUGGUGGAGCUCAGCACAGGCACGCUGCGCUUUGCUGGAAAGUCCAUCCACUUCCCUGGAGGAUCUCCUCCCUCAUCGGACUCGAGCUGCUGGUUUGACCCAGAGGCAGUCUGCACUGGAGGUGUGGAGAUCAUCUAUGUUAUCAUUGUGCUUGUUGUCAUUUUGGUACUGGCACUGGGAGCCCUCGGCAUAACACUUGUCAUAAGGUGGAGGAUACAGCAGAUCCAGCUGGUGAAAGGGCCCAACAGGAUCUUGUUAACCCUGGAGGACCUAACUUUCAUCGACCCUCAGCUAAGCAAGCAGAAAAUCACUUUAGAAGAUCUCACUGACUCAAAGAGUGUUAUUGAUGACAAGAGUACAAAGUCAGCUGACCCAUUUCAGUCUGAAAAUAGCGUGGGAACAGUUACACAUGAGACAUCAAACGUAGCCGUCUAUGAGGGUGACUGGGUGUGGAUGAAGAAGUUUAAAGAUGGGCAUUUUAAAGAAGUGAAACAGAGUUCAACCAAGAUCUUCACAAAAAUGAAGGACCUAAGAAAUGAGAAUGUCAACCCAUUCCUGGGCGUCUUCAUAGACUGUGACAUGUUUGCCAUUGUGACAGAGCACUGCUCUCGUGGAAGCCUACAUGACCUUUUAAGGAAUGAUGAUGUCAAGCUGGACUGGAUGUUCAAGUCUUCACUGUUGCUAGAUCUCAUAAAGGGCAUUAAAUACCUUCAUCACAGAGACUUUCCACAUGGGAGGCUAAAGUCUAAAAACUGUGUGGUUGAUGGCCGCUUUGUCCUAAAGAUAACAGACUAUGGUUACAAUGAGCUUCUAGACAACCAGAAAGCCCCCAAAGAGAUCCCUCCAGCAGCAGAAUUGUUUUGGACAGCCCCUGAACUCCUCAGAGAUUUAGAACAUUCACGAAAAGGGACUUGCAAAGGGGAUGUUUACAGUUUCGCCAUCAUCCUUCAAGAGGUGGUGGUACGAGGAGCUCCGUAUUGCAUGCUGGGAUUGUCUGCAGAAGAGAUCAUCCGUAAGGUGCGGAAGCCUCCCCCCAUGUGCAGGCCCACGGUGGCCCCCGACCAGGCUCCACUGGAGUGCAUCCAGCUCAUGAAGCAGUGCUGGAGUGAGCACCCCGAGCGCCGACCCACCUUUGAUGAGAUCUUUGACCAGUUCAAGCUCAUCAACAAGGGCAAGAAGACCAACAUCAUUGACUCCAUGCUGCGCAUGCUGGAGCAGUACUCUUCCAACCUGGAGGAGCUGAUCCGGGAGAGAACGGAGGAGCUGGAGGUGGAGAAACAGAGGACAGAGAAGCUCCUCUCCGAGAUGCUGCCACCUUCUGUGGCAGAGGCACUAAAGACAGGUGCAACUGUGGAGCCAGAGUACUUUGACCAGGUGACCAUCUACUUCAGUGACAUUGUGGGCUUCACCACCAUCUCCUCUCUCAGUGAUCCCAUUGAAGUGGUGGACCUAUUAAAUGACCUCUACUCACUCUUUGAUGCUGUGCUGAGCAACCAUGAUGUGUACAAGGUGGAAACCAUUGGUGAUGCCUACAUGGUAGCAUCAGGUCUUCCCAAGCGAAAUGGCAACAAGCAUGCAGAAGAGGUCGCCAACAUGUCCCUGAACAUCCUAAGCGCAGUGGGCACCUUUAAGAUGAGACACAUGCCAGAGGUGCCUGUCAGGAUACGCAUUGGCAUCCACUCAGGCCCUUGUGUUGCUGGGGUGGUGGGUCUGACCAUGCCUCGAUACUGUCUCUUUGGAGACACAGUCAACACUGCCUCCCGAAUGGAAUCCACAGGACUGCCUUAUAGAAUUCAUGUGAACCAGAGCACUGUGAAGAUCCUGCGCUCCUUGAAUGAGGGCUAUAAGAUUGAAGUCAGGGGGAAGACUGAACUGAAGGGUAAAGGUAUUGAGGAGACAUACUGGCUUGUGGGCCAGUCUAGCUUUACAAAGCCUCUGCCAAAGCCACCCGAGAUCAAACCAGGAGACAACUGGCAAGACAUGGUGACAGAAGAGAUCAAGAACUUAUUCCGCAAGGCCAACAGACAAGUGGACAAGCCCAAGGUCUGAGGAUAGGACAGGACAGAAAUUAUUUUACGAGCUCAAGACAAGAGGGGAAAAGAGCAGAAGCUGAAAGAACAACACAAAGUACCGGCCCACUGGAUGUAGAAGCAGAGAGA